AUGAUUAUUGAAACGAUAGAGGAUAGUCGAGAAGUCGUGUAUCGUUCGGUGAAUCUUAUAUGGAAGGCAACUCAUGGAAGGAUUGUUUCAAUUAUUUUUGAUCAAACUCAAACAAUAAAUGUAACAUUUAAUGAUGGUGAAGUUCGAGCCAUAAAGAUUGAUGCCCCGGGUGCAGUUCUUAUGAAAGAGGAUGUUUUUCUUCGUUUAUCGAGAGAACUUACCAUUUCAAAUAAAGAUAAUCCUAUAUACAUUGAUGAUGAUACCACAUCAGCUGAGGAUGAACUUAUAAAAGAUAUUAAUCAACCUCAAGUAGAGGAAAUUGUGCCAUCGACUGGUGUCGAUCAAGAUAAUCAACCUCGGGAGAAGGAAACCGUGCCAUUGACUGGUGUUGAUCAGGAUAAUCAACCUCAAGGGGAGGAAAUUGUGCCAUUGACUGGUGUCGAUCAAGAUAAUCAACCUCAAGGGGAGGAAAUUGUGCCAUUAACUGGUGUUGAUCGAGAUAAUCAACCUCGGGAUAAGGAAACUGUGCCAUCGACUGGUGUCGAUCGAGAUAAUCAACCUCAAGAAAAGGAAAUUGUGCCAUCGACUGGUGUCGAUCAGAGUAAUCAAUCUGGGGAUAAGGAAACUGUGUCAUCAGUACAAUCUCAAGAUGAUGAAACUUCAUCAUCGGCGAGUGUGGAUCAGA